CUGCUCAGCUGCUUCAGGAAAGAUUACAUAUUGAAAGUUCAAAGGUCAAUGAUGGUAGGUAGCCUUUGUUGUAAAAAUGAUAGUUCAAAGGUUCUUUUGUUGUAAAAAUGUGUUGGUUUUAAAGUAGUAAAGGUUAAUAUAUUUAAGCUGAAAUUUGGAAGCUAAUUCGAACUUCAAAGUACUAACUUUCAUGUAAAAGAAUAAAUCAUGUUUGACAUGGAAGCACUCCCUUUUAAUGAUGCUUAUACUAUAUAUAAGAAUGUGCAUGUAAAGAAGAAUGAAGCAUUAGCUUGGGUUCUAUUUGGAUUUUUUUGUAUACUUGUUUUAGUGGUUUAGGUCUAAAGUAUUGUUAAGAUGUUUGAUAGAAGUUCACAUCAAAAUCCUGUUUUUUUUUUUUCUUUUCUUUUUGUUUGUUUUCUUGCUAUCUUUAUCUUCUGAUCUCCUGGAGGAAGUUCAAGUACACAUGUUAGAGUUAGUCCAUCUUCGAAAUGAAUGGCUCUGCUUUGUGGAGGAAAUUAAUUGGGAUCAAUUAUUUUCAAGAAUUAAUUUCUACAACUGCUAGUCAAAAGAUUCCCAAAUUAUUCAUCAGAACCACAUGCAUAUCAAAUUUGUCAUCAAGUAUUUUAAGAAUUUCUAUAAUUGAUAGUCCAAAGAUUCCACACUAGUAAUAAACACACUUUUGAACUAGAAACAUGAUCUUACUACAUAUGUUUCCGCAUUAUCCCAAAUUUUUAAAUGAUUGGUUAAUGAAAAAGGCUAAACGUGCAUGUUUUGUAUGAAGGAUUCAUAUAUAGGAUGUUGUCACCUAGAUCCUUAAUAAGCAGGCAGAAUCAUUUCGGCAUUUCGUGUUUGCACAUGCAUCUACCUAUAUCUAGUAAGUUGAAAGCUAAUAAUGGUGGUAGGGAUUGCCAUAGGCCACAUAAGUCCAGAAGUAGGAAAGACAGAGUUUAGAACUAAAUUGAAGAUCCCCCAACAAAAAAAAAAAACCUUAUAAUCAGUAGCAUUUCGCAAAAUUAUAAAGUUAGAUACCUGCAAAGAAUAAAAUGAUGUUGAUUUGCACAACAUUUGAAGGUGCAAUCCCUCCUAGAUGAAUCUUUCCAAGGUUGAUUUUGUGAAAUGGUGAUGAUAAAUUUUUUUCUAAGAUGUGUUUUAAUGCAAUUCAUUUAUUUUCAUCUUUUGAUAAAUAUGUAUAUUCAAAUUAAAACUCAUUAGAUAGUUUUGAUUCCUGACGAAUGUUGAAAAUCUUCAAUUUAUAUAAGAUGUUAUGAGGACAGUUUAAAUUAUUUCACCUCAGACUUUGCUAUAUAGAUACUUUGAUUCAUGAUAAAAAAAGAGUUAUCUUACCACAGGAAUCGCUCAGCUGAAAAUCUUUUCGGAUGGAUGUCCAAUGAAGUCUUUGGACAAAGAGAUACAGAGCUUCUUAUAGCUGAAGAAUACCAUGCGCCCCUAAAGAAAAUUAUGGAAAAAUUGAGCUCUGGGCAAUCAUGGUCGGGUCAGUUCCCUUUCAAGAGGAGGUCAGGUGAAAUGUUUAUGGCGUUGGUGAGCAAAAGCCCAUUAUACGAGGAUGGUCAGCUCACUGGUGUUAUCACAGUUUCAAGUGAUGCCGCCAUUUUUAAUGGUAUAAAUUCAGAGAAUCUGGGAUCAUAUCAGGAUCAUAGUAGACUAAGGAGGUUAAAGAUGAAAAGGAUCCAGUGGCAUCCACCACGGCCACAGAUUGUAUCAUCUGUUUCAAAACUGGCAUCAAGGUUUCUACUCAAGAAACAGGAUGGUAUGAGCAAUGCCUGUACCAAUUCAAGGGAAAAAGAGGAUGCUGCAAUAAGUACUGAAGACAAGUUAGAGACACCUAAUACAGCAGAAGGUAAACUUAACUCGAAUUUCAACGAACUGAGGAACACAGUUGAAGGAAUAAGCUCUCAAAAGGAUGAAAAUGCAUUCGAUUUUGCUCAACCUUCAAAAAUUGCAGCUAAGGUCUUGGAAAAACUGCACAUCCGGGGAGCUAGCAACCACAGCAACGAAGAUGAUGAAAGUCUUCAGCAAAAAGGUGCAACUAGUAGAUUGGCAAGGAAUGAUGUGACUGUUGAACCUAAUGCUUAUAGAGGUUCAAAGGCAUCAACUUCAAACCACAUCAAUUCUUUCUCUGCAGCUGAAGAUGCAAUUUCAAGUGAACAUAAGCACACAAGUCCAGCAUCUGUUGAAGAGAAAUCUGCUGUAGCCUCUUCAAGAGAGUGGAAUGGACAUUUUGGGUUAACCAGAAUAGGAGAUCCUACUGCACAAUUAGAGUGCCAAGUAAAUGAAAAUGAAUUGGAGCUGGAGUUUCCAAAUAUGGAUAAUUCCGAGAUGGAAGAUGAAUUACAGAAGCAUACAGACAGUAAAAACGUCUCAAGUUUAGUGGAGAGCGUAGACAGCCAAGGAAGUUCAUCAAGCAAACGGGAUAAUGAGUCAAACACUAUGGUUGAUUGUGAGAUUCGCUGGGAAGACCUACAUUUAGCGGAGGAGGUUGGACAAGGCUCAUAUGCAGUUGUUUAUCAUGGAAUUUGGAAUGGAUCCGAUGUUGCCGUGAAGGUCUAUUUUUCAGGUGAAUACAAAGAGUCAACAUUACUAGACUACAAAAAAGAGAUUGAUAUCAUGAGAAAACUGAGACAUCCAAAUGUGCUGCUGUUCAUGGGAGCAGUGUACUCACAAGAACGACUUGCAAUUGUCACAGAGUUCUUGCCUAGGGGGAGCCUUUUCAAAGCACUUCACAAAAAUAAUCAGACAUUGGAUGUUAGAAGGCGUAUGAGGAUGGCCCUUGAUGUUGCUAGAGGCAUGAAUUAUUUGCAUCAUAGGAAUCCGCCAAUAGUGCAUAGGGACCUGAAGUCUUCCAACCUCCUUGUUGAUAGAAAUUGGAAUGUCAAGGUUGGAGACUUUGGCCUGUCAAGGUGGAAAAACGGAACCUACUUAACCACAAAGUCUGGAAGAGGAACCCCCCAAUGGAUGGCCCCAGAAGUCCUUAGGAAUGAACCUUCAAAUGAAAAGUCUGAUGUAUUCAGUUUUGGAGUUAUCUUAUGGGAACUAAUGACUGUCUCCAUUCCAUGGAGCAAUUUGAACUCUUUACAGGUAGUUGGAGUUGUCGGCUUCAUGGAUAGGCGAUUAGACCUACCAGAAGGCCUUGAUCCUCAGGUCUCAUCUAUUAUUCGUGACUGCUGGCGAAGUGAUCCAGAAAAUCGACCAUCUUUUGAAGACAUAAUCAAUAGAAUGACAGGCAUCGUCCCAAAAUGUUCCACAGGAUUGGCUCGAAGGAGCUCAGCGUCUUGAAACUGCAAUGGGGCUUUGGACCAAUGUUACUCUCUCACUUAUUGAUAGUCAUUAUAUUUAGGCUAGGCUAUAGAAGUAAUCAAAUGUAAAAAUAACCUAGCUGAUAGCUUGUCCUCCCCCAUUUUGAAAGAAAAAUAAAGGAGAAGAUCCAGAAGGGUUGAAAUGUAAGAUUUUGGAGUCAAUUUUUUAGCAAAGCUACAAUAAUUAAAAACUUGUUUUUUUUAGAAGUCUAUUAAUGCUACAAUAUAAACUUGACAAAAUGUAAAUGGCAUAAUAAUUAAUACCCCAAACUGUUGGUUUACGAGGAUUC